GGGUACAAACUGAGUGGUAGGCUAGGAAUGGGUCAUGUGCAGUACAAGUGGUGGAGGGUCCCAAACACCACACCAUUGUAUAGCAGCAACGUUCGAUUGAAUUUUCUGCAAACCUCAUUUGUCCACGUCUCUCUCUCUCUCUCUCUCAAACUCUCUUUUCUUUUACUAUGUAUCUUUCUUUUUUUUUCAAUUUUCUUUCUCUUAAGCUUUUUAAUAGAAGCAUUACUAAACCCUUUCUUUCUCAGAUGAUAUAGGGGUAAAUAUUUUUAAACACUUGAUAUACAAGCCCGAACUGGUAAAAAGGGGAAGACAAAAAAAACUUACUUUGAAUGAAAUUGUUAGGGGGAUUUUGUCAUUGUUUAUGGCUAGUGAAAUUGACAAUGGUAGGUUAAGGGUCAAUGUGAAGGAGCGUGUAACCCCAUUCCCUAUCCAAUUCCCUACAAAAACCCCUCUCCCUUCUCAUAAUUCCCAUUCGCUCUCUCUCUCUCUCUCUCUCUCUCUCUCUCUCUCUCUCUCCUCUCUGAAUUUAUUUUUCUUAUAUAUAUAUAAUUGUAUAUCAUCAAUACAAAUACAUUGUGCGCUACAUUUUUUGUACACAAUUAUACAUCAACUGGGUAGUUAAGGUCUCAAGUUGGUUAGCAAUGGCAGCAGAACCCAACAAUUCAGAAUUAGCUCAAAGCUCCAGCAACUCAUCUUCAUCAUCUAGGUUGUUGCAAACUCAUCCCACUUCACCCUCAAACUCACUCAAGACCAAGACCAAAACACACAAAGCUUCCUCACAGCAUCAGCAGCAACACCAAGUAGCACUCAAAAGAAAGAGAGACGAUAACAGCAGCAGCAAACACCCAGUUUACCGAGGAGUUCGCAUGCGCAGUUGGGGCAAAUGGGUGUCAGAAAUUCGCGAACCUCGCAAGAAGUCACGCAUCUGGCUCGGCACAUUUUCAACUCCAGAUAUGGCGGCCCGUGCGCAUGACGUGGCUGCCCUCAGCAUUAAGGGCAACUCGGCCAUUCUGAAUUUCCCAGAACUAGCAGAGUUGUUGCCCCGACCGGCGUCCCGGAAGCCUCAGGACAUUCAGGCUGCCGCGACUAAAGCGGCAGCCAUGGUUCAUUUAACUUCCACGUCAUCAUCCUCAUCAUCAUCCUCCUCCUCGUCUUCGUCAUUAUUGGUGUCACAGUCAGAGGGUUCAGAAUCAGAGGAGCUUGGGGAGAUUGUGGAGUUACCCAACAUAGAGGGCAGUUUCGACUCGCCCGAGUCGAGGAACGAGUUCAUAUUGGUGAAUGACUCGGAGGAUGGGUGGGUGUAUCCAUCAAUGGGGCUUGAGGGGGUCGAAUUUAAUUUGUGGGGUUUUUUCUCAUCGGAUAUUGGCAGCUGAGAAAACUUAAUUCCAAGCACCUUUGAAGGUUCUAGUAGUGUGGGGGGUAUUCAAAUGACUUAAUUGGUGUGCAUAGCUUUUUUUUUUUUUUAGUUUUCUUUUUCUUUUUUCAUCUUUAGAAGACUACUGGUGAUGGUCCCAUAUAAUUCCUUCUGCAAUUUGCUUGGCUACUUUUGCUAACUCAUGAUCACAACUGUCUCUGUAAUAUAAUUCACACAAUUUGAUGCUAGCUAGCUAUGUUUCUCUUUAUUUAA